AAGAUGCCUUAAAUAGCGCCGCUGCAGCAGACACCUUGCUCAUUCGCGAUCCCAACGCUGCACAGGUAUCAAGAUCGCCACGAUGAACAAGAUGACGUUUGACAAGGAGAACUGCGAGCGCAUCCGGGCGGUGGAGAUCUCAUUCGGUGCAGCGGGAAGGCCGCUAUGCAAACAGGGUCGGGUCCUGAUGGGCCAGGGCCGGCUGCUGAAGCAGGGCCGUCGGAAGCCGCAGCCGAAGGUUUUCUUCCUCUUUAACGACGUGCUGGUGUACGGCAGCAUCCUGCUGUACGGCCGCUGGUACAAAAAACAGAAGAUCAUCCGUCUAGAGGACAUCCAGCUGGAGGACAUGGAGGACGGUGUGGAGUUGAGGAACCAAUGGCUGAUCCGUACACCUCGCAAGUCCUUCUUCGUGUCCGCCGCUUCAUUAGAGGAGAAGCGGGCCUGGAUUGAGCACAUCGAAGACUGUAGGUCGAGCCUGCUGCAGGGAGGCCGCCUCCAACCUGGUUCCGCCUUUGCUGUGACCUGGAUUCCGGACCAGGCCGCCUUCAGGUGCAUGCGCUGCUUCAACAAGUUCUCUCAGACCAAUCGGCGACACCACUGCCGAAAGUGUGGCUUCUUGGUCUGCAACUCGUGCUCCAAACAGCGAGCAGUGAUAGACCACAUUCACCCCACUAGGAAACAGAGGGUCUGCAUACUCUGCCACACCAGGAGCGAGGAAGGUGAGAUACCUCGCAUGAGGGGGGACAGCACAGGAAAGAGCAGCUCAGAGGAGGAGGAUGUGACACCAUCCAGUGAUGAAGAGGAGGGAGAGGGGAAGAGUCAGAGCUGGAUGACUCAGAUGGGCAUCUGGGAACAGCCCCGGUAAAACCUGUCAGGCAUAACCGCUGUUCGCCAUCAUUAAGCCUCAUGUUAAACAAUGAACUGAGUUAUAACAGAGAGCUUUGGCCUUUCACAUUCUGAUGCCACAAAGCUGAUCCAGAUGCAAUAGAAGCAUGUUAGAGGUCAACAGGGAAAAGCUUAAAAAAGAGAAUCAUGUAUUUAUUUGCUGCUGUCGUUACUGCACUUUUUACACUGUACCUGGUUUAUGGAAGGACUGUGAAGUACUCACGAAGCACCUUUAUCUUCUUAUUUGUUGUCAGAGGAUGUUGAGAAGAAGAGUCUAUUCAGGCUUCACUGUCAUUUUAAUCAAAUGUGUAUGUUUCAUUAUCUAUUGCUAUCAUUGUAGUAAAUAGUCUGUAUCUGUGAUGAUUUGUUGGAUGCACCAGUCUUACUUAUUCUGUAAAGAUUCCAAUAAAUAUGUUUUUAUUUCUCAA